AUGUGUGGCAUCAGGGUAUUCCUGCAGAAAAUCCUGAUUCUUCUGCAAGUUACUCUGUCUGUUGUUGUUGGCAAAACACUGAUGAUACUGUUCCCCAAUGCCAUGAGAAGAUACAUCCUAAAACUGGGUGAAAAGAGCAGAAUGAAUGAGAAUCCAAAGUUCAGCUACGAAAACUGGGGUCCAACUUUCUUCAGCUUCAAGUAUCUGCUCUUUGUGCUGAAGGUGAAGUGGAAGAGGCUGGAGGAUGAAGCCUAUGAGGGACAUCCUGCUCCCAACACGCCCGUGGUGACGCACAGUGGGGAAGUUCAUCACCUCCUCGAUUUCAUGCAAGAUAACAGACCUUUAAUCCUGAAUUUUGGAAGCUGCACAUGACCUUCAUUUAUGUUAAAAUUUGAUGAGUUCAACAAGCUCAUCAAAGAUUUCGGCUCAAUUGCAGAUUUCCUUAUCAUCUACAUCGAGGAAGCUCAUGCAGUAGAUGGAUGGGCUUUUAAAAACAAUGUUGUCAUUAAAAAUCACAGAAGCCUUGAAGAUCGAAAAAUUGCAGCUCAAUUCCUUCAGAAGAAUAAUCCUUUGUGCCCAGUGGUUUUAGACACUAUGGAAAACCUGAGCAGUUCCAAAUAUGCUGCACUGCCAGAACGACUCUACCUGCUUCAAGGAGGGAAGGUCAUCUACAAGGGUGGAGUGGGGCCUUGGAAUUACCACCCCCAGGAAAUACGUGCCAUCCUGGAAAAACUGAAAUAG